AUGGAGCAUUUCAACACACUUAUUGAUCAACAACAAGCUAUAGGAGCUGAGAUCGAGAGGAUAAUCAGCAACUUCAAGAAGGAUCCAGCCUCAAGGAAGACGAAUCGCUAUUAUCAGGAUAGAAUUCUACGGUUAACUGAACAAUGGUCAAGGUUAGAGAAGAACCACAACACGUUAUUAUCUUGUAAAGCUAUGGCUGAAGAUACAGAAGACGAGUAUUUCACCACGGGCUACUAUGAAAAAAUGACUGAAUUGACAAACAAAUACUUGGGUAUUUUUAACAAGGCAUUAAUCGAAAUGCAAGAGGUAGAAAAUGCUCAGGAAAAGCCGCCAAGGCAACACAAUCAAAAUCCAAUGCAGCUUCAACAAAAUGAAGAAUUAUCAAGAGUGUUGCGUAAUCAACGAGCACUCAUAAAUGUCAUUGACAGAUCCAGUCAAGAAAUUGAAAUGGCAAGCCAAGAAUCUCAAAAUGAAGUUUUUUAUUCUUGCAAGCUUGCUUUGAUAGAAGGUUAUCACAAAGCAUUUGAUAACAACAAUGAAAAAAUAUGGAAUUCUACAUCAGAAGAAUUCAUUGAAGGGUACUCCUGGGAAUUGUAUUAUGAAAUUAGUCAAAAACUCCAAGACAUGGAGAUUUGUUUGAAACUCAAGCUAAAAUCAUUCAAUUCUCACUACCAGCACGAUUCAACAAUUCAGGCAGUAAAAUUACCACAGUUAACAAUUCCAAUAUUUGACGGAAACCAGCUGAAGUGGGUAGAGUUUCGAGACCUGUUUACACAACUUAUAGACGAACAACCAUUCAAACCUAUCCAAAAGAUGUUCUACUUAACAACUAACUUGAUUGGUGAGCCCAAAAACCUGAUAAAGCAUUUGCCAGCAUCAGCUGAGAACUACAUUACCGCAUGGGAGAUUCUGAAGGCUAGAUACAAUAAUGGUAGAUUAUUAGUUACCGCAUUGUUAAACAAAUUAUUCGCAUUACCAGCAAUGACAACUGAAACCGCUUCUGGCCUUAAAACAUUGCAUGACAUUUCACAAGAGUGUUUAUUGGGACUUAAGGCGCAGAACAUUCCAGUCGAACAUUGGGACGUCAUAAUUGUUCAUAUGACGUUGAAGAAAUUAGACAAGAUCACACAAACAGCAUUUGAGCAGUCAUUAUCAAACAAUCGAGAGCUGAUCACUAUGAAGGAACUAUUUCAAUUUAUUGAACAAAGGUUCCAAUCGCUAGAAACAAUAAAUAAUAGCGCAUCAAUUAAAAAAUGGGUUAAGACAGUGGCUACAACUAACACUGCACCAGUUAAAUGUCCAAUAUGCAAGAGAGAUAAUCAUCCAAUUCAUCUAUGCAAGCAGUUCCUGGAUGACACCCCAGCUAAGAGGCUACAUCUCAUAAAAUCAUUGCAACGAUGUUUCAAUUGUCUAAAAAAUGGUCACUUCACAAAAGACUGCACAUCAGGCAGUUGCUUAAAAUGCAGCAAGAAACACAACACCUUGCUGCAUUUAGAAGGCACACUUGAAGCAUCCAUGAUUAAGAAGGCAUCAUUAUCAAAAAAUCCUGCUUCUCUGUUCUCCAACAAUCUCAACAUCCAAAAAAAUUAUGUGGUAUUAGGAACUGCACGUGUUGUCGUUAAAGGCAACAAUGGAAGAGAAAUUGAGUGCAGAGCAUUAUUGGAUUCCGGCUCCCAAGUCAACCUGAUAACCGAUCAAAUAAUUAAGAAGUUAGGUGAAAACCCGAAAAAGACCUCAGCAUGUAUAGAAGGUGUGGGGCAAAAAAAACAAGAUGCGCAACAACGAAUCAAUUUAGCUUUCUCGUCCAGAAUUAACGGAUUUAGCAGCCGAAUAGAGGCUUAUGUAUUACCUAAGAUUGUGUGUGAUCAGCCGAGCAUUCAUAUUGAAAGCUCAAGCUGGAAAAUACCACAGAACAUCAAUCUGGCAGAUCCGUCGUUCAAUACCCCAAACAAAAUCGAUCUCCUACUUGGAGCUGAGUUUUCUCAUCAACUAUUGUCCAUCGGCCAAAUAAACCUUGGCAGAGGUCUCCCCAUCCUACAGAACACAUUGCUUGGGUGGCUUGUGGUGGGAAAAAUAUCUAACCAAAAUUCAAUUAUUUCACCACAAGUUUGUGGAAUAUGCUCUGAAGAUGAGCAAGAUACGAUGAAGGUUAUCGAGCGGUUCUGGCAACUAGAUGAACCAGAAAAGGCAAACAAAAAUCUGUCUCCUUCCGAAGAGUUGUGCGAGUCUCAUUUUGCAACUUAUAUGAAAAGGAAUCAAGACGGUCGAUUCAGUGUCAGAUUACCCUUCAAGCAAGAUCCAUCGUUGCUUGGUGAGUCAAAACACAUUGCCAUUAACAGGUUUUUAGCGUUGGAAAGAAGACUCGAUAAGGAUGUAAUACUCAAAACACAGUAUGUACAGUUCAUGAAUGAAUAUGCUGAUCUCGGACACAUGGAAAGGGUUGACAUCAACCAAGUUAAUCCUCAUUAUGUCAUCCCACAUCAUGGCGUUUUACGGCCCGAUAGCAGCACCACGAAAUUAAGAGUGGUAUUUGAUGCAUCGUGCAAGACGAGUAGUGGACUAUCGUUAAAUGAUACAAUGUUUACUGGCCCUACAAUUCAAGAGGAAUUGUUUGCGAUUUUACUUCGAUUCAGGUGCCCAAGAUUUGUCUUUUGUUCUGACAUUCAAAAAAUGUACAGACAAAUUAUUAUUCAGCCCGAAGAUCAAAGAUAUCAAUUAAUAGUCUGGAGAAGCAAUAAUAACGAACCCUUACAAUUUUAUCGAUUAAAAACAGUCACCUAUGGAACACGAUCAGCCCCAUAUCUGGCUACUAAAUGCUUACAACAGUUGGCGAAAUCUGAGUUGCAAAAAUAUCCACUAGGUGCAGCAGCACUAAGUAAUGACUUCUACGUAGAUGAUUGCCUAAGUGGAUCAAAUAGUCUCCAAACUGCCAAAGAUAUACAAACUCAGUUAAAAGGUUUGUUGGAAUCAGCAGGAUUCAAGCUACGUAAAUGGUGUGCCAACCAUCCGUCACUUCUUCAAAAUAUUGCAAAAGAAGAUCAAGAAGUUGAUUUGGACUUUCAAAGUGACGACGCAACAUCAAUCAAAACAUUAGGAUUGACUUGGCAACCAAAAGAAGAUCAAUUUCGCAUAAAAUUAAAAUUGGAUCCACUAAAAAUCAUUACUAAAAGAACCAUUACUUCGAACCUAGCCAAAAUUUUCGACCCAUUGGGACUACUAGGUCCAGUACUCGUAACAGCAAAAAUACUAAUUCAGGACCUAUGGCAACUACAAUUAACAUGGGACGAAGCAGUACCAACCGAAAUAUACACUAGGUGGACUACCUUUUAUGACGAUCUACAAGUACUAGAUCAAUUUAAAAUAGAUCGUCAUAUAUUCGGAAAACAGAUGCCAGCACUUGAAUCAAUACAAUUGCACGUAUUUUGUGAUGCUUCACAAAAGGCAUACGGAGCCGCAGUCUAUGUUCGAGCGAAACUAAUGGAUGGUCGACUAAUAAAUCGAUUGUUGUGUUCCAAGUCUCGUGUUGCUCCACUCAAAAAACAAACGAUUCCAAG